CUCAAAAACCCUCUUCCCAAGCCCCCUCUCGCACAAAUCCGCGCUCCCUCUUUGCCUCCACAGGAGGAACCGUCGAAGCGAGGAGGAGGACGGGGAGACCAAGAGGCAAAGAGAGAAAUGGAAGCUGCUGACGUUGAACAUGAAGGUGACAUGGAAAUAUAGAACAAUUGACGGGAUCAUUAGGGGUAAGGGAGCACGCUGAAAGUGAAGAACAUAUUGAGUUAAAUAAAAAGAUUGAUGAGAUGAUUGCUAAUCUGAGUGAGAAAGAUGAAGUACUUGAGCAUGCUGUAUAUGUUAGCAACACUCUUACCAUGAAGUAUAUGAUAACUAAAGAUAAGCUAAGUGAAGCCACAGGAGAGCUGAUUAAGGAAUUAAAAAAAAUGAAGGGAAUUCAAUCAAUUAUUGGUGUCAAGCAAGCUGGUAGUGUUUCUCAACGCCUGCAGGCUGAAAGGAAUAGAAGAUGGGGCUUAGAAGAACAAGCGGAACUUCUUUGCUCUGAAUGGCAAAAGGAAAUCAGUAGGCAAUAUUCAGACUGGCAUCCUUUCAAGCCUACAAUUGUUAAUGGAGUUUUAGAGGAAGUUGUGAUGGAGGACGAUGAGAAACUUGUUGCUUGGAAGGAAGAUUGGGGGAUUGAGGUACACAAUGCCGUUGUUCAGGCCCUUGUUGAGUUAAAUGAGUGCAAUCCGUCUGGCAGAUAUCCUGUGCAUGUACUGUGGAACUUCAGUGAGAACAGGAAAGCUUCAGUUGCAAGAGCAGUUAAACAUUUGAUGAAACUUUGGAAGGCAGAUAUGGGAAAGUAUAUGGCUCAGGGUGAUCGUCGGACACGCCCACGAACUGUUAUAUGUGACAAAGCACCACAAAUUACAGCAAACUGCAAAAAGACUAACAUGCGAGAAGCGAGGUCUCUUAUGCACGCUGUUGGUGGUAGCACUUUGGCCCCACUCAUGACUGUGAAAGAAACUGAGAUGGAAAAUGGAGCUACCAUGAGUGAAGUAUGUUCUGAGCUAAAGAAAAUGAUUGAUAAGAUGACUAUGGAAUUGAAAAAGAGAGACGAUGAAUUGCAAGAUGCUCAGUUUCUUAACUGUCACCUCAUCAAGGAGGAGCGGGAAAUGCAUGAUAACCUGAGCAAAGCCAAAAGAAGUCUAUUUAAAGGAUUAAGAGAAAUUGCAGGAAGCCUAUCUGUCAUUGGGGUCAAACAAAUGGGGCAGCUUGAUAAAGAGGUGUUUCUCAAUGCUUGCAAACUAAAAGGAGCAAAAGAUCACUUGGAAGCAACACGUGUUUGUUUGCAGUGGCAAUAUGAGAUCAGUAGACCAGAAUGGUAUCCUUUCAAAACUACCUAUACUGAAGGACAUGCAAAGGCUCUUGUUGAGCUGAAGCUGAAAGAGUACAAUCGGUAUGGUCAUGGAAGGUUUCCUGUGCCUGUGCUGUGGAACUUCAGUGAGAGCAGGGAAGCCUCAAUCGCAGAAGCGGUUGUACAUUUGGCGAAGCUUUGGAGGGCAAACAAGGGGAAGUACGUGAGCACUUGAACUGAUUUCUGUUCAUGUAUCCGGCACCGCGGACUGCAUUGCCGUGUUAUCACUCCUGGGUGCAACUAAACUUGUAUAACAUGCCUGAACUUAUUUUGGAUACAGUGAUGUAAUUCGAUGGGAGACCUUCUCCUGGAGCUUUCUGAAGCAUUGGUUAUGGUUACUCGGGUCAUAUGCUCAUCGUGCAUAAACCAGAAUGACGAUAUUUCUAUACGGUGACUUGGGGCUCUGCUUACAAUCUAUACAAGCUGUUUUGUCACCA